UCGCAGGAUCUUGAAACAAAUAGACCAUGACAUGUUUGGGCAACUAUGUGAACGUCUCCAUCAUACUCUUCCAGUCUUACCUAUAUUUUCUUUGCUUAUAUUGAUAUUAUAUUGAUUUUCUGCUAAACAUAUACAUGGAAAGCUUAAUGAUGAUGAUUUAAAUCAUUAUUUUAUGAUGUCUCGUGUCUUUGAUCCGUUGGCACGCGGCUGUGUGCACGCGCUCACAGCAGGGGUACAGGAUCACCGGGGCAACGGCGCCGCGACAACCGAGACCCAAAGACCGGAUUUACCUCUCUGCCAAAACCAGUGCAACAAAAUGAUUGAUAUCCUACGGCUGGCGACAGGAGCGGACACGCGCACUUUAUCUACUCUCUCUGAGCUCUCAGCAAACGACAUUGAAAAUAUCUGGGCUGAUGUUUCUGCUUACAUUGAAAGUCAGAUGGCAUUAUUAAAGGGCGUCCAUGUGGAUGGAUUGGGGACCUUCACCUUUUCCCAGCAGAAGCUCGACCUGGGACUCCAGUCCACCACUAUCUAUAGACCCAUCUUCAUCUUGUCUGGGAAACUUGUCCAUUCACUGGGUUUAAAACAAGCCAGACCCUUGGCUGUUGCUACCCACCUGCCUGUAGUGCCUCUAAACUUCACGACUUUGGCCAAAGAGACAGCGUUCAGUCGCGACCAUGUGGCGAGCUGUAUCAGAGAAGUUCUCCUGCUCCUCGUCAGGACUUUAGCAUCACAACAGAACGUGUUGUUACCAUUCGGGGGAAUUGGAGUUCUCUCCUUUAAAAACAACAAGGUACAAAUGAAGUUCAGUAAAGAAUACAUAAAUGCUAUGGACGCGACUGGGAACCUUCACUUAGCUUUCAAAAAAAGACCAGGGAGCAGUGCGUCUUUAACCUCUGUUGGAUCCAAGUUUCAAAAAACACAAACUGUGAACUUCAGGACUCUACCCACAGUUCACUCCCCAGAGCCUGAUGCCCAACCAUCAGACCAUGACGGACCACCUGAGCAGUCUGAUGAUCCAGACAUUUCCCAACAGUUAGAGCAGAAAUCCCACUGGACUCCACAGCCUGCCAAGACAAGAGAAGUGGACCCAGCACUUUCUGUGGAGAGACACAAUCACAGGCCCCUUACCUCACCAGCGGAGACUCUUCCCAAAAUGUCUACCCCUCGUGUGAACUGCUCAGGACACACCCGAGCUGGACAGGAGCUGUGUUACGUGUGCAUGCAGAGAGCCCACAGGAAUGUGCCAGUGUUUGUGAGUGAGCAGCAUGAGGCAGAGGAGAGGAGCCAAGAGCAGGAGCUGCUGCUCAGGGCACUGCACCAGGACAGACUCUUCUAUGAAAGAGAGCAGGCUAAACUUGCAGAUCAGCGUGAAUAUGCCAGAGGUGUUGCAUCUUUUAAUCUGAGAAUGUUGGCAAAGAGAGACAGGGCGUCCUCCCCUCAGUGCCCUAGCUCUUUUAUCUUUCCGUCUCGGCCUGUGACUCCUGCUCCAAAGUUCAAACAGCACCAAUACAUGAACGAGCUACAAACCCAGAUCAAACAAAAACAACAACACGAGACAGAGAAAAAACUCCACUGUGUGAAGUCCGAAUGUCUGGAGCAGGCAAAACUACUGCAAGAGUUGGCUUCAGUGAAGGCUCAGCAGCUCAAACAGAAACAAGAGAUGACAGCACGUUACAAGAAAGCUUUGGACUUUCAGGUUGGGGACAAAAAGGGCACUGGAUUUCCUGUUUGUCUGCCCGACUACUUCCACUUCACACGCGGUGAAAAUCCUGACAGUAUCAUCGAGAGCCGCAAACAAGCUAAAGAGCUUUUUCAGGCAAAUUUCAGCACUGCUGCUCAAAGAAAGCACAACAGACUUCAAGAGCAUCAAGCACAGGUGGAGAAGGAGCGAGAAAUCCUCAAACAAAAUCGAAUUGGUUUGAUUCAGGAUCGCGUGAAUCACUUUGAAAAGAAGCAGGACUUGAGCAGAUCUCUGUUGAACGACUGGAGCCAAAGUGUGAAGCUAAAACAACAGCGAGAGGAAGAGGAAAGGUGCUUUCUGAGAUCGGCUGGUCAGCUGCUGGUGGACAAACUGGUGGAGUACAGGCGCUGUGCCCAGUGCAAGAGAAGGACCUCCAACUGUGGACAGAGCAACAUUUGGAGAGACUCUCACUACCUCUCUGGCUCGCAGUUCAUAAUUUAAAAACAAAAUCCACUGAUACAAGAAAUAUGUUUCAUCUGCAGUUCAAGAGUUAUUUGAUCUCUGUUUUAUUGUUGUUUCCUCAGAAACAUAACUGGUGUUGUGUUUUGUUUCAUACACACAUGUUUAGCACACAAAUCCUGCAUACUUAAGCUGGAUUCUUCUGUCAAACACAGAACACUUUAUUCCACAUUGUGAUGCCAUGUGAUAAGACAGAAAGUGCUCCCCUGUGUUUUUACACUCCAGACACCUUCACUGGAAUAACUUUGAAUUAGAAUUUUCAUUUCUCAUCAUCUCCACUGAACUACAGCUGUUAACUUGGAAACUACUGUUUCAUAAUGGAGAUGUAGGAAGUGUAAACAGACUAAUAAUGCAGGAUUACUCAAACGUGUGAAUGAAAAAAACACAACUCCAGAUGUUUUUGAUGAGGUUACAACAUUCUAGCAUUGCUUAAAGCUCACAAGAGUUAAUUUUGUGUAAUAUAGAAUCAAUCGAAUAAAUGACAAGUUGAGUCAAUAAA